CUACACAUUAGACACAUCAUUAUUGUUAAGUUUCAUUUAUUCCGAUUACACAAUUAGCGAAUGGCAUUGAUGUUGAAGUGAAUGUAGAAGAUCCGGUUAGGUGACACAAAAGCCAUGAAUCACAGGGAUCCUGCCUACGAUGCAUAUAGGAAAGCUCGUCGAAAGUUUUCACUUAUAGUAUAUCUGCUGCUGGUGUUAUGGCUGAUACUGGCUCUUGGACAAUGGCUGAUGGUCACUCUGAUCGAAAGUAUGAGGGACAUGUUCCUUGAUAAAUAUUAUAUCAGCAUUGUAGCGUUUCUGCUUGCCAUUCUACUCUUUGCUGUGUUUUUGUUUGUGGAGAAAAUACGUUGGAAAGCGGCAGCCGCCAUCAUACUAAGUAUUCUGAUUGUAGAACUGCAAAUCAUUGGCUCAUUCACGCUGAUCGCACGUACUAAGUGGGUGCCAGUGAUCAUAUUUUUCUUUGUUUGCGUCGUGCUCAUAGUUAUCUUUGUCAUAAUCGGUAUCUUUUUGCCCCAAAAGCUGGAUUUAACCCUUCAUGUCGCUCUGCUAUUUAUUGUGGCUUUUCUCUUUUUGUUGAUCGCUGUCUACUUCCUGAUGCUGCACUUCAUAGAGCCUGCCAUACUACCAUAUGCCUAUAUCCUAUUUCAGAUACCCAUUACAAUAACCAUGAUGUUUUUUGUUAUGUAUCAUGCACAAACAAUUAACGGCAGCCGAUUCGCGGAGAUGCGACUGCAUGAUUAUUGUCUUGGAUCUCUGAUCUUAUUCCAUGAUUUUCUGAUCAUAUACUGGCUAACACUUUAUUGGCAAUUUUUUGGCACUCUAAUGGGGCCUCCUUAUUGGGAUGAUCUAAUGAUAACGACAACAUCAACAACAAUCGCUCAUGCAGCUCAAGCUAAGUUUAAUCCAGUGUAUGACAUGGAUGCCUUUAAAUUGAAUGACUUCUUCAAUAUGCGACAUAGAAAGUUUCGACAUAAAAUAAAGUCAAAUGACGAAACAACUGAGAUACCGAUAACCCUCGACUUUAUGAAGGAUGACAUGAGUACGGACCCGAAUCCCUCCAAAGACAAGUGGCCUUAUUUUUUUGAACCCGACGCCAAUGAAAAAGAUAUUCCAUUAAAAGAUCCAGAUCAAUCAGCUCAAGAAUACGUCCUUGAACCAGAUAAAAGUAUGGCCAAUUAAAAGGACGAAAAUCACAUGGCUUAGUAUUACACAAACAACAUCCACAGCUAAUGAUAAUUUUAACAUAUGAGGAAUACUAUUAAUGUGAGAAAGAAAAUAAAAAAUAAUGAAAACC